AUGAAUGAUUGGAUCGAAGAAUUCGCCGUCGAAGAUGACUCGAAAACUUUCGAUAAAAAACCAGAUCGCAUAUACGGUCUACACGAAACCAAGAACAUUGGAGCACGCCUUCGUAAAGAAUAUGCUCAUGGAUCGCGUCCGGGGGCGCAGCAGUUGGUCUCAGAGGUAUUUCGAACGAGCACCAAUCCCGACAACGGCGGUGUGCCCUUGCAUUUUCCAUUCCUCAUCCAUGAGGCGAAGAGUGAGAAAAGUGCGAACAGCUUUGAGGAGAUAGAGAUACAGACGGCACUGCCGAUCAAGCGGGCGCUUCAAAUUCAACAUACUCUAAAAGAACUUCCUGGCAACACAGUGGAUGUUCCAGGCGGACCCUUAGUAUGGUUCACGGCCAACAGGGGAGAGACCUGGCGCGUCUACGCAGGGACGGUCUACAAGGACGAUGGCCGCACAAAUUACCGUAUCUCUCAGCUUUGGGAAGGAAGUAUAAACAACCAUGACGAGGCUCUUCAGCUCAUCCUGAUCGUUGACUUUAUGGUUGAUUGGGCCCGCGACGUCUAUCGACCAAGCAUCCUCAUGCAGCUGAAAGUACUCGGUACUGCCGAUACGAGCCGAACAAUGUCAUUCUCACUCGACACUGAUAUAUAUUCGCUUCGCGGCAACGUCAAUCCUUGGAUUGAGGACCAAGAUUCUGCACUUGCCCGGAUGGAAGAGCCUGAGAUAAUUGAGAUCUCCCGACACAAUUUCAGCGAGUCUUUCCAUGACCACUGGAAGCAAAUUCAGAUGCCUUUGGGGAUCGUACACAGUGCCAGGAAUAUCGAGUCUCGUUUCAGAGCACUCUACAUAUCGCGCGACAAUCUUGGAACACUCUUACAAAGCUUCAACAACCCAGUUGACGAGAUUGAGUUUGCCCGAAACCUUUUGGCCAUUACGCCUUUUCGUCUUGAGGCCGAAGAGGUUGUAGAUUCGAUCGAGGAUAUUUGGACGGGAGGGCUGAGGCCGACUCCUCCAAGACCCACGGAAGGCAAGAAGGUUGAAGUUUACGCCCAGCUUCGACUUUCUUACUUCAUCGAUUCCUCUUGGGGAUUAGUCAGGGAGCUGACGCUGCUCGCGAUAGAGGAGGACGUCGUCGACAGUCUUCGCAAGAUAUCAAACUGUAUUGAACGAUAUCCGCCACAUCGUCCUGUCUAUUACUGGCCUAAGAACCGGCUCCUUGCAGCAUUGCAGACUGUGCUGCGCUCGAAUUUUCAAGAUGACUUCAAAGACUGCCUACAGCGACGUACUUUUGCUUUCACCCAUUUGAAUGAGCCACCGGCAUUUGGGCCACAUCAUCCCAAGAACCACUCAGUUUUGAGUCCAGAUUGGGCACAAGAUGGUCCAUCGUCUAGAGCUUACAGUAUCGUGCAUGCGAUCUAUGGAGUGCAUUGCGUGGGCCGUCGCACGCCACAUGAGCACUUCUUGCGAGUUUCUUCUCGCAGCCACCUUCAUUCGCGCACCAGAGUUUCCCAUUCCGGUGAAGACUUUUUGACCACGAAAUCGGGAUGGGAGAUGAGCCUGCUCUAUUCUCCCGUCCCUGAUAGCGCUAAUCUUAGCGAGGGAAACAAACAGACGCUCUGCCUUUAUGUCCUUCCUAGGAGCAACAAAACCAGUAACGAACAACAGCCGUCUAUACAAGAGAUUGCCAGCGGAUUGGCUCAAUUUCUUUUCCAUCGUCGCGUCGUCAGAUGCUACCGAGGAGGCAAAUCUCCACCAACAGAUUCUCCUUGGAAGGACAACGACCUGAAUUACUCGUUCUGGCUAGACGUGGGCACUCCCAGGCUAGGUGUGAAGCACGAAGAAUUGAUUAUCUCUAUCAUCACUUGGAUCCGCGACCUACGGCCAAAAUCAGAUCUUCUGCGGAUUACCGACGCAUACAUGGCAGAAUGUGAAUUCAUGCCAGGAGCCAGUACUUCGAUUGAAGAGUGGAUAGCCUCUCUUGACGCCGAGGUCGGCUCGGAAACUUCCACAGCUGACGAGAGCAUGCGAGGAGUAGUGCUCACCGGCAUAGCAAAGCGGCCUAUGGCAACUCGCAGACGCCUCGAUCAUUUGAAUGCACGAAUCAUUGAUUUGGAUGUAGCGACGCCCGCUUCUGUGGCUCCGUUACAGUCGGAUAGCAAAAUAGAGGACUGA